AUGAUCAAAUGGUGUGCGGGUCGGGUCUUGGCUGUUCUGUUAGAGGGCUUUGACUCUUUUAUUUUUAAAUGGAAGGAUAAUAUUGAGCAUGAAGUGACUCAGGAAGAUAUAACCCCCUAUGUUGGCAUGGAGUUCGAUACGGAAGAGCAUGCAUAUAGAUUUUAUAACAUGUAUACUGGAUUCGUUGGUUUCAGCGUUAGAAAAGAUUGGAGGAAUACAAGCAAAUUAGAUAAGGAGAUUGUAAUAUCUCGAAAAUAUGUUUGCUUUAAGGAAGGCUUUAAAAGGAUCAAAGAUGAUGAAGGAAAAAUUGUCCGCAAAGAUAUCAGAACAGGAUGUUUAGCACACAUGGUUAUUGGUCGAUCAUCAAAUGGAAAAUAUGUUGUUACUUCUUUUGUGAAAGGACAUAAUCAUGAGCUUGCAACUCCGAGGAGUUGGCAUAAAUUGCCCUCACAAAUGAGAGUUUCUGUUGCUCAAGCGGCUGAAGUUGAAAUGGCAGCUCGUUCUAGUAUACGUCAAAAAUUAAUUUUUGAGUUUAUGAGUCGACAGGCUGGAGGGAGAGAGAAUGUUGGAUGCACAGCUAAAGAUAUCAGAAAUCAUUUGAGUUCUAAGAGGAUGAAGGAAAUGGAAGAAGGUGAAGCAUACACUCUUCUUCAUUACUUUAAAUCAAAGCAAACAGAGAAUCCGUCCUUUUUCUAUGAAAUUCAACUUGAUGUUGAUAGUCAAAUAACUAAUAUUUUCUGGACGGAUGCAAAAAUGGUUUUGGAUUAUGCUUAUUUUGGAGAUGUGGUAUGCUUUGAUACCACUUACCGCACUAAUAAGAAUUUACGACCAUUUGCUCCCUUCAUUGGUUUCAACCAUCAUCGGGAAAGUGUAUUAUUUGGUGCAGCAUUACUAUAUGAUGAAACCGCUGAAUCGUUUGAGUGGUUGUUUAAGACUUUUCUCAAGGCUAUGUGUGGAAAAAAGCCAAAGACAAUUUUCACAUAUCAAGAUGCUGCCAUGGCAAGAGCAAUUGCAGAGAAUGUGCCUUUUUUACAUGAAGGUCUGGAUCCUACAUCACUUGAUAUUAAUAUGAUACAGGAAUUCAAUUCGGGUCCAGGUCCUACAUCACUUGAUAUUAAUAUGACACAGGAAUUCAAUUCACGGGAUAACUUCAUUCCCUGUCAAAGAGAAAAUGAACGUGGUCCUUCACUUCUUCUUUUACCGCGAUGGGAAGACAUUUGA